AUUUUCGAGACUUUGGCUUCAUCUCCAUCCUCCUUCUCCAUCUCUUUUUCUCUCAUCUCUCCAUCUCCAUCUCCUUCUUCCCUUCUUUCUUCCUCUGCACCCGUCCUUGCUCUGGGAGUUCUGUUCGGGCAGACUUGCUUCACUCAUCAAUUGACUCUCUGUUUCUGUAAUUUCUUAUUUACCUCCCUUCAAGAUGCAAAGAGCUCUUUCCUCCAGGACAUCUGUCCUCUCCGCCGCUUCUAAGCGCGCUCCCUUCAACAGAUCCUCUGGCUUCAACCUCCAGCAGCAACGGUUUGCCCACAAGGAGCUCAAAUUCGGCGUCGAAGCCCGUGCCCAGCUCCUUAAGGGUGUCGACACUCUUGCCAAGGCUGUCACUUCCACUCUUGGUCCCAAGGGUCGUAAUGUCUUGAUUGACACUCCUUACGGCUCUCCCAAGAUCACCAAGGACGGUGUGACCGUUGCCAAGGCCGUUCAGCUCCAGGACAAGUUCGAGAACCUUGGUGCUCGUCUCCUUCAGGAUGUUGCCUCCAAGACCAACGAACUCGCCGGUGACGGUACCACCACCGCUACCUGCCUUGCCCGUGCUAUCUUCUCCGAAACCGUCAAGAACGUUGCCGCUGGCUGCAACCCCAUGGAUCUUCGCCGUGGUAUCCAGGCCGCCGUCGAGGCUGCUGUCGACUACCUGCAGCAGAACAAGCGUGACAUCACCACUGGCGAGGAGAUUGCCCAGGUCGCUACCAUCUCCGCUAACGGCGACACCCACGUUGGUAAGCUCAUCUCUACCGCUAUGGAGAGAGUCGGCAAGGAGGGUGUUAUCACCGUUAAGGAGGGUAAGACCCUUGAGGAUGAGCUUGAGGUCACUGAGGGUAUGCGUUUCGACCGUGGUUACACCUCCCCCUACUUCAUCACCGAUGCCAAGUCCCAGAAGGUCGAGUUUGAGAAGCCUUUGAUUCUCCUUUCCGAGAAGAAGAUCUCCGCUGUUCAGGAUAUCAUCCCCGCCCUUGAGGCCUCCACUACCCUCCGCCGUCCUCUCGUCAUCAUUGCUGAGGACAUUGAGGGUGAGGCUCUCGCCGUCUGCAUCCUUAACAAGCUCCGUGGUCAGCUCCAGGUUGCUGCCGUCAAGGCUCCUGGCUUCGGUGACAACCGCAAGAGCAUCCUUGGUGACCUUGGUGUCCUUACCAACGGUACUGUCUUCACUGAUGAGCUCGACAUCAAGCUCGAGAAGCUUACCCCUGACAUGCUCGGUUCCACUGGCUCCAUCACCAUCACCAAGGAGGACACCAUCAUCCUGAACGGUGAGGGUACCAAGGACUCCAUUGCUCAGCGCUGCGAACAGAUCCGCGGUGUCAUGGCCGACCCCACUACUUCUGAGUAUGAGAAGGAGAAGCUCCAGGAGCGUCUGGCCAAGCUCUCCGGUGGUGUUGCUGUCAUCAAGGUCGGUGGUUCCUCUGAGGUCGAGGUCGGUGAGAAGAAGGACCGUGUCGUUGACGCCCUUAACGCCACUCGUGCUGCUGUUGAGGAGGGUAUCCUCCCUGGUGGUGGUACCGCUCUCCUCAAGGCCGCUGCCAACGGCCUUGACAACGUUAAGCCUGCCAACUUCGAUCAGCAGCUCGGUGUCAGCAUCAUCAAGAAUGCUAUCACCCGCCCUGCCCGCACCAUCGUUGAGAACGCUGGUCUUGAGGGCAGCGUCAUUGUUGGCAAGCUUACUGAGGAGCACGCCAAGGACUUCAACCGUGGUUUUGACAGCUCCAAGGGCGAGUACGUUGACAUGAUCUCCAAGGGUAUCGUCGACCCCCUUAAGGUCGUCCGUACUGCCCUGGUUGAUGCUAGCGGUGUCGCAUCUCUCCUUGGUACCACUGAGGUCGCUAUUGUUGAGGCCCCUGAGGAGAAGGCCCCUGCCGCUCCUGGUGGUGGCAUGGGUGGCAUGGGUGGUAUGGGCGGCAUGGGCGGUGGCAUGUUCUAA